UGAUUACAUUUUAAGGUGAAGACAUGUUGUAUAGUUAGGAGGUUAAGGUUAGGUCUGCAGGAAAGUGACUCCAUAAUGUAAAUCAAUGCAAUGUCCUCUGAAGUCAUGGAAACGAGACUGUGUGUGUGUGUGAGAGAGGGAGGGAGAGAGAGAGCGCGCGCGCGCUUGCAUGUAACCUGCUAAUGAAAUAGCAAUCAGUAUGAUUACUCAUGUAUGAUUCUGCACAUGCGCAUCAGCUCGUCCCCUCUUCUCGCGCCAACUACAAGCUCAGUGUUAAAAGAGCCACAGACAGAUCAGCUGUUGUGAGAGAACAAGAACCAAAGUGGCGCAGACUUCCGCUCUGCAGCAACAACGACGGCGGCGUAUUUAUUAUUUCUCUAAAGUGCGACGAUAAAUCAGGAGUUCUUUUCACUGUAAAAGCUUCUUUCAUCUUCACCACUGGGAUUAGGAUGAAACAGUGAAAGUUGGAUUUUUGUAUGUGUGUGUGUGUUAAUCCGGACCAAUGAUGAUGUGAUGAGGAGAAACAAGCUGCUGCAGUUUGAAAUCAACAAGCAGAGAACGGACUUCCGCUGAGAGGAUGAAUGUAGUCUGGAUGUUUCUCCUGUUCAUUGAGGAGGGAUUUGCUCGCGCACAGAAGACUAAAGAUGAUGGUGCAGGAUCUAAAGGAGUUAAACCGUCUCAGUGGCCGCAGCGUUCUCAUCACUGUGGAAACUGGCUCCGAGACACAGACGGCGGCACCUUCAGCUCCCCCAACUACCCAAACACUUACCCCCCCAACAAGGAGUGCCUUUAUGUACUGGAAGCUCUGCCCCGCCAGAGAAUAGAGCUAGUGUUUGACGACACCUUCCACAUGGAGACGUCUUUCCAGUGUCGCUUUGACCACAUCGAGGUGCGCGACGGUCCCUUCAGCUUCUCUCCACUCAUCAAUCGCUUCUGUGGCUCAGCCAGUCCGGGCCUCGUCCUCUCCAGUGGACGCUUUAUGUGGAUCCGCUUCUUCAGCGAUGAAGAGCUGGAAGGAAGCGGCUUCCGGGUCCAGUACAGCUUUACUGCAGACCCUGAAUUUCAUCUGCAUGUGGGCGGACUUUUAAACCCAAUUCCAGAUUGCCAGUUUGAGCUGUUUGGAGCUGACGGGCUGAUCCGCUCCAGUCAGGUGGACGAAGAGUACAAAGUGAAGCCGGACCAGGCAGUGGACUGCAUAUGGACGAUACGAGCACCAACAAACAACAGGAUUUACCUACGAUUCUUGGAAUACCAGAUGGAAAACUCAAAUGAGUGCAAGAAAAACUUUGUGGCUGUUUAUGAUGGCAGCAAUGCCAUUGAGGACCUAAAGGCCAAGUUUUGCAGCACAGUAGCUAACGACAUCAUGCUGGACACUGGUGUGGGAGUAGUGAGGAUGUGGGCCGAUGAGGCGAGCCGCCUCAGUCGAUUCCGGAUGCUGUUCACCUCCUUUUCGGACCCACCGUGUGUGGGCAGCGCGUUCUUUUGCCACAGUAACAUGUGCAUCAACACUUCUCUGGUGUGUAACGGCGUACAAAACUGUGUCUUUCCUUGGGAUGAAAGCAACUGCAAAGAGAAAAAGAACAAAGGUCUCUUUCACCAGAUUACGAAAACCCACGGAACUGUAAUCUGUGUGUCUACUGGAGUGGUGCUGCUGCUGCUCAUUAUCUCCAUCCUAGUGCAGGUCAAACAGCCGCGGAAAAAGGUGUUGGUGCGAAAGAAUGACCUGUUUCACCGGGGGGAGUUCGAGGAGGAGUUUGACCCCCCUCAUUAUGAACUUUUUACCCUCAGAGACAAGGAAAUGUCUGGGGAUCUUGGGGAUUUAUCAGAAGAACUGCAGUCCCUGCAGGCGCUCAGGAGAUCCUCGUCAACCUCACGCUGUGUACACGAACACCACUGUGGCUCUCAGGUCUCUGUCAACUCCAUCAAAGCCACUCAGGAUGCACAUUGCCUGGAGAGAGGAUCCAUGGAGCUGCUUCCUUUCAGAGGGGACUUCCACAGCACCUUACCUCCCUUCAGGGACUUUAACAGCAGUCUGCGUAAGAAGAGUUGGCCAAGCAUGAAACCAGGCCGAACACAGGGCCAUCACAGUGUUACAGACAGAGCGACGGAGCGGCACGACCGAGUGAUGGAGGAGGAGGAAGAGGAGGAGGAGGACGGCAGGUAUGAUGUGUACGUGCGCAGGGCAGGAAGCCGCAGAGGGAACUAUGAAAUGGCUCAGCAAAGAUCCCUGUCCAUGGACCUAUGAAGAGAACAGACAAGGCAGUUUAACCUGCACUGAUCAAUUUACUUCACUCAUUUACAUUUUUGUAGUGGUUGUUUGUUGAAGUCCAAAUCAGAGUCAAACUAAACUGAAACAAAAGAGCACUAGUGCACCAUGGGUAUGGAUCUUAUGCAGCUGAAAGAAACAUACUGUUUCAAUGUUGUUGUUCUGUGUGGUUUGUCUGGACAAGUAAUGAAAGCCAUGAUAAAUCAAUAAUAUAAAUACAUCCAUCCGUCCAUUGUCUACGGCUUUAUCGUCCACAUGCCGGUCCGGGUGACCGGCAUGUGGACGAUAAAGCCUACGAUAAAGCCUACGAUAAAGCCUACGAUAAAGCCUACGAUAAAGCCUACGGCCAAUUUACAGUGUUCACUUAACCUCUGCAUGUUUUUGGACUGUGGGAGGAAACUGGAGAAAACUCUCUCCCUCGCUCUUUCUCUUUCUCUCUUUCUCCCCCUCUCUUUCUCUUUCUCUUUCUCUCCCUCUCUCUUUCUCUUUCUCUCUCUCUUUCUGCGUAUGUGUGACUGGGCGAGGGCAGAGUAGAGAAAACUAGGACAUGGAGACUGCAGUGUUUUGGUAAUAACUCCAAAAUCCACAGGGGGCGAUAGAGGUUCCACAGUGGAGCUUUAAAUACAGUUUCAACUUAUAGUAGAAAGAAUAUGUUUAUCCAUUAUAUGAAUACAUGAAUCGCACUAUACAUCGUCCUUAGUAACUUGUGUAACAAAACAUUCAUCAACCUCAGUCAUAGAGACUUUAUUUAUUUGUUUAUUUAUUUAUUUAUUUCUCUAGCCUUUUACAACAACCCACAGUUGACCAGUGCUUUACAAAAUAAAAGCAUUACACACACAAAGUAGGUAAAAACAUAUUUUUGAAACAUAAAUGAAAGCAUGAAAGUUAAAUUAAAAACACGCAAGAAUAAAAACUGUCACCACACUAUUAUUAAAAGCCAUUCUGAAAAAAUUGUGUUUUAAAUUUGGAUUUAAAAAGGCCCAUUUCAUCUUUUUACAUUGAUAUUAGGUCUCACAUAUAUAAUUUAUAAUUUAUUUGUUUUAUUAAUCUCUGAUGUACAGCACUUUGUUUCAGCUGUUGUUGUUUUUAAAGUGCUUUAUAAAUAAAGUUGGAUUGGAUAUCAAGUUACAAACAAUAUACGGGAUCUAUGUACGAGUACACUUAUAUAAAUACACACACAACUGACUGGACCGAAUAUGUGUCCAUCUUCAUAUCUUCAGUAUGAGACCUCCAGAAUAAAUGUACAAUCAAGACAACGUUUUAGACAAUUUAUUGUACUGAAACAUUGUAAGUGGAAUGGAAUUAAGCUUAUAUAACUAGAGGGUUGCCAGUUCAAAUCUCAGGACAGGUUAAGGGCUGUGGUGCCCACUGCUCCUAUUUCCUGCUUUGUGUGCGUUAUAAAAAGGAUGAGGUCAAAUUCUAAUUUGGUGUGUGUGCAAAUAAAAACUGAAUUCUAAUUCAAUAAAUGUAUCAAUGCAACUUAGACGGUGUGAGGAAGCUUCCUGCUACUGUCUUUUAAAUAGAUCAAUAAGCAAAGUAUUUGUCACGCUUUAAAUACAAAAGGAACAACGUUUCAGUUCAGUUCAGUUUCAGGAGAACUCACACAGGAGGAAGAGAAGUGAGAUUCCAAUGCUGUGCUUUGUCUGUGAAAACCCAUUUUUAUUGUAAAGCAAAUUAAGUCCAUAAAGAAUGUUUGUGAAAUAAUAACCUGGGCUUUUUGUGUAAUUUCUCCCUGUUAAGGAAUAAAU